AUGAAUAGUGCAUUAAUAUGGAACAUUAGAUUUGUUAACACUCAGCAAGCUUUUGAAAGAGUGAUGAUGUUAAACAGACAGAAAAAGUUCAAGUUUAUUGCUUUAAUGGAACCAUUUCAGCAUCAAAGACACAUUGAGAUGUAUAAAUUAUGGGUGGGAAUGUCAACUGCUUGGCAUAAUAGUAAUGGCAAAAUUUGGGUAUUUGUAGAUGAUGAGUAUCAGGUGGAGACCCAAAAGAAUACAGAACAAUUGCUAUCUUUGAAAUUGACAAAAUUGAUUGGAGGCCAAGAAAUGGUCAUUUCUAUCGUAUAUGCCAGCACAGAUAGGGCAACUAGAGUAACAUUAUGGAAUGAUAUUCUUCAUAUUUCUAACACUGUUAAUGCACCAUGGCUUGUGGGUGGUGAUUUUAAUGUUAUAAUGGAUGAAAUAGAGAAAUUUGGAGGUUUAGAAGUGCCUUUUGUGGAAGUGGAAGAUUUCAAUCAGUGUAUUAAUAUCUGUCAGCUUACCGAUUUGGGAUUCAAAGGAAGCAUGUACACCUGGUGGAAUGGAAGAUCAGAUGAACAAUGUAUUUUCAAGAGGCUAGACAGAUGCUUAGCUAAUCAGAGGCUGCAAGAUUUAUAUCCGAAUAUUGAAGUGGAGCAUCUUAUUAAACAAGGGUUAGAUCAUUCACCUUUGUUGAUUAAUUGUAAAGAGGACAACACUAUAAUCAAAAAGUCAUUCAGAUUUCUGAAUUUCUGGAUUGAGCAUCCUGCUUUUAUGGAUAUGGUGAAGGAUAAUUGGUCAGGAUUUCAUGGGUCAGAUCCUUUUUACAUCUUUCAUAGUAAAUUGAAGAAAUUGAGUAAAAUCUUAUCCAAAUGGAGCAGAGAUACUUAUGGUGACAUAUUCAGACAGAUUGAUACACUAGAAGAAGUAGUUAAAAUUCAUGAACAGGAAUUUGAAGAGAAUCCUUCUGGUGCCAAUAGAGAGAGGUUAUAA